UUUCCCAUCUGAACAAUCAAACAUCAGACUUGCCGUUGCGCAUCCACGCGCAUCCACUUUACAACCUUAAACGGCCGCAAAGUAGAUGGCACCCGCGAAGCGAAGAGGUGCUAUGAAGUUUUGUUCAGUUGCAGUGUUCAAUGUGUGAAAGGGGUGGGUACUAUUGGUUUCAAAAUUGUGUUGUUGAAAGGCCUCCCCUAACAUGAAUAUCUUCAAGCAGCUGGCGCCCAGAAAAUCCGGGUUUACUAGUGCAUUGAAGUCUUGUAGAGGUACAUGUGUUUCUUUCCUCCAUUCCUCUCCAACUACCAAUGUGGAAAAUCAUUCUCAAGAGCAGGAAGUGGUAAUUGCUUUAGGAAGCAAUGUGGGUGAUAGACUUCGUAAUUUUGAUGACGCUUUGCAGCUAAUGAAGAAAUCAGGCAUCCACAUCACAAGACAUGGUUGUUUAUAUGAGACAAAUCCUGUCUAUGUGACUGACCAGCCUCGUUUUCUUAACUCCGCUGUUAGAGGUAUUACCAAACAUGGGCCUCAUGAACUACUGGGAGUACUUAAGAAAAUCGAAAAGGACUUGGGUCGCACUGAUGGGAUUAGGUAUGGACCAAGACCAAUAGACUUGGAUAUAUUGUUUUAUGGAAAAUUCAAGAUUAAUUCUGAGACUCUUACCAUUCCCCAUGAGAGACUUUGGGAGAGACCAUUUGUAAUGGCCCCAUUGAUGGAUUUACUGGGAUCAGCUAUAGAUAGUGAUACUGUUGCAUGCUGGCAUUCAUUUUCAGUCCGUUCUGGUGGACUUUUUGAAUCAUGGGAGAAGCUGGGUGGUGAAUCCCUAAUCGGAAAAGAUGGGUUGAAUAGAGUUUUACCUGUUGGAAAUCAGAUAUGGGACUGGUCAGAAAGAACCUCUGUCAUGGGUGUCCUUAAUUUAACCCCCGACAGUUUUAGCGAUGGAGGGAAGUUUCAGUCUGUGGAGGCUGCUGUUUCUCAGGUCCGUACAAUGAUUUCAGAGGGUGCAGAUAUGAUUGAUCUUGGUGCGCAAUCCACACGCCCGAUGGCAACAAGAAUUUCUGCUGAGGAAGAAUUAGAUAGGCUGAUUCCCGUCCUUGAAGCUGUUCUAAAGAUGCCUGAGGUGGAGGGGAAACUUUUAUCUGUAGAUACUUUUUAUUCAGAGGUUGCUUCAGAAGCAAUCAACAAGGGGGCUCAUCUUAUAAAUGAUGUAUCAGGUGGACAGUUAGACCCUAACAUCCUUAAUGUUGUUGCAGAUCUUAGAGUUCCUUAUGUAGCAAUGCACAUGAGAGGGGAUCCAUCUACGAUGCAGGACAGUGAAAACCUGAAGUAUGAGAACGUUUGUGGACAGAUUGCAUCCGAGUUGUUCUUGCGUGUUAAAGGUGCAGAAUUAUCAGGUAUCCCAGCUUGGAGGAUUAUUAUUGACCCCGGAAUUGGAUUCUCAAAGAAAACCGAACAUAAUAUAGACAUUCUCAUGGGUUUACCAACCAUUCGAACAGAGAUUGCCAAGAAGAGUUUGGCUGUUUCUCAUGCUCCUAUAUUGAUUGGACCUUCUAGAAAAAGAUUUUUAGGUGAAAUUUGCACUCGCCCUGUCGCACUUGAGAGAGAUCCGGCAACUGUUGCAGCUGUCACUGCUGGAGUUCUGAAUGGUGCAAAUAUUGUAAGAGUACAUAACGUUAGAGAUAAUUUGGAUGCUGUGAAACUCUCUGAUGCAAUGCUGGAAAGGAGGAGAACUUUUGCAUGAUUUAGGGAACGAUAGACAGAAUCAUUUCACUUCUUUCCUCCAAAGAUUUUCUCCUAAAGUCACAAGGCCUCAGGUACAAGCUCGCUGUCUCAGUGAUUUUUUAUACCAAACAUACCCAAUCAAAACUUGACAGUUUUCUGAGACAUACUUUUGUUUUUGUUUUUCUACCAAGCUUAUACUCAAGUCUUGGACUAAUUUGAGAAGUGUUGCCGAUGAAUGGGAUACUUUGCUUGCUUAGACUAAAAUGGAGAUUUAGUCUUUUCAUUGCAUCAUUUAUGAUGAAAAAUUGUUUUGCAUUUAGAAGAUUUUAACCUUUCGGCUCGCGAUGUUGUCAAUGUUGAUUCUGUAUGGAAAAAUACUUUUGAAAUAUAUAUUUUUUUCUGGGUAA